AUGUCAUCCACUGUCCCUAAAGCGUCUAAUUUAUCAUUAGUGGAUAAACUUAUCGAGGAUGAAGCAGAGAGAGAGAUUCUGCUCUCCAAACCUACAUGUUUUAUCAUCCUUGGAAAACCAGGUGUUGGGAAAUCUACUCUUGCCAGAAAAUUAGCCAAGACUUGGAACUGCAUCCUCAUUGAUGAUACAGAUCUUCUCAACAGCCACAUCAGUGAUGAGACAGAACAAGGUAUACAGCUCUUUAAGAUUCUGGCUGAUGGAAAAGCUGUUCCAGAAGAGAUGAUGGUCAAGUUAAUUGUUAACCGGCUCAAGUCACCUGAUGUAGAGCAUUAUGGUUAUGUUCUGGCCUGUUUGCCAUCAAUGUCAGAGGAAUACCUGAAGAUACAGGAACAAAUAGACUUGAUUAAAAGCCUCAGAAUGCCACCAGACUUCAUCAUCAACAUCAAGUGUGCAGACAGGGACCUGAUCCGCAGGCUAUCAGAUGAGCGUCAACAUCCAGAGACAGGCCGUGUGUUCCAGAGGGAGAAGUGGGACCCUGAUGUGAAGAAAGAGUCACUCAUGAAAAGCAACAACACAGAGAAUGAGGAGGAGGAAGAGGAAGAAACAGAAGAUCUAGAGGAAGAGAUGGAAGAGUUAGAGCUUCAGAAAGACAUGAUCACACAGCUUGUAAGAGUGAGUGAAAAUUACCCAGAGAACACCAACAGCAGGAUCAUGUGCUAUAAGGACACCAUCCUCAGGCCUCUAGAGGAUUACAUGGCAGACCACAAUCCUCCAUUUUUGUUUGAGCUGGAUGGAAACAAGGAUCCAGAGGAUCUCUUUGAGUCAGUAAUGUCUCGUUUGGAGUUCAUGGCUGUGAGAUGUCCAGCUGUACCUGUGCGUUUAAUGCCGACAGAGGAAGCAGAGCUUGAUGAUCAGAUGGACACGGAAGAGUUGUUUCGGACUCUGUCGUCCUGUAGAAAUGUCGCACCAGGCUUUCAUUGGCAAAAGAGUCAAUGGUCCGGCAACUGUCCGGUGGCGCUCAAAGAGGGCAGGAUCGUCAAGGGCAGACCAGAGUUUGCCGUUGGCUUCAUAGAUAAGUUCUACAUCCUGUCAUCUCAGGAAGCCCUGCAGAAGUUCAUGGCGAACCCUCGACGCUACCUGCUGCCACACAUACCCCACUUGCCUUGCAAGGUGUCUGUUAUCGGCCCGCCAUGCUCAGGAAAGAGCACAAUGAGUGCACUGCUAGCUGAGUAUUAUGGGGCUGUAGUGGUAGAUGUUGAAGCGCUGAUGGAGCGUACACUUGGUACGUUCACAAAAGACAUGUUGGACAAAGUGCGUAAAGAUGCCACGCUCACAGGCUUAGAGAAGGUCAGGACCAAGAUGCAGCUUGAGGCUACAAAUGCAUCAGCAAUAGAGGUGACAGAAGAUCACCCAGAUGUUCAAGCUUUUGUGGAGGAUGCUGUGAAGAAAGCAGCAGAGUCUCCAGCCACAGCUCCACGGGAGCUUUUUUUGGAGGCCUUUGAGAAGCACAUAAGAGAGAUUGAGCCUGAAGAUGUUGAACAUAUAAGGGGAUGGAUACUGGACAACAUUGCCAGCAGCAGAUCCCAGCUGAUCACUAUUGAGGAACUACAUAGUGCUGUAACACCAGAAAUCCUAUUCUGUCUGAAAGACAAUGAUGGAGAGGGAAGGACUAUACUAACCAGGAUGUAUGAACAGAAUAAAGAACAGGUGGAUAGAUCUGUGCUGGCCCGCCUACAAAAAGAAAGAAAACUGCAGAAGACACAAGACAUCAAUGAGAGACUGAAACACACUGAGGACUCAAAGAAAGGUUCACAGCCUACUGACACCAAGUCCAAACUAGAGACACUGCAUGAGGAGUCAGAGAGUUUUGAUAAGUCUGAUGAAGAAGACAAAACUCUAAACGAUGAAGAGAUGGCGCUGCCAACAGUGUGGGAAAAUGGUUAUCCUGACGGCCCAGAGAUGGAGGCUUUUAGUGUGCAGCUGAAGCAAUUUUUGGCAGAUUGGGAAAACAUGGAGCACACAAUCACCUGCAGCUAUGCUAUACUGGACAUCAGCAACAAAACCCCUCAGGACACACUACAAGAGAUGAUUUACCAUAUGGAGAAGCCAUUUAAGUACACAGCUAUGAGCAUAUCUAGUGCAGACCUGGAGGAGGAGGAAGAGGCCCUACAUGCGCUGACACAGGCUGAGAAACGAGAUGUUAAUGAAGAGGAGGAACAAGAAUCAGAGGAUGCCAGCUUUAAGAGGCACCUGGGAGACACCAAGCAUUUUUGUCCAGUGGUGCUGAAAGAGAGGGGUAUGCUACAACCGUGUCUGGACGAAUAUGCUGCAAAGUACAGAGACAAAGUCUAUUAUUUCUCCAGCACUGAGGCACAAGAAAAGUUCCUACAGAAUCCUGAACUCUACAUUUCUAACACACAACUACUAAAGCCACCUGCGCUGCGGGUCUUCAUGCUAGGAGUGAGAGGUUCUGGGAAGACCACCCAUGGGAAGUGGCUUGCAGAGCAGCUGGGAGUCUUUCACAUCCAGUUCCGAGAGCGGCUGCAGGAGCUCAUCUUACGGAAGACCCAGAAACAUGUGUCAUAUGCAGAUGAUACUGAACCCCCUGAGGAACCUCCAGAGGAGCUGCAGGGCCUGCUGGAGGCCCAGGCCCAGGGUCAGAGCACAGUGUCCCCUCCAGUCCAGGACGACAAUCCAGGUCAUGGGGAUACUGCGUCUGAUAAUCCUGACAUAAAGGAAGAACAAGCAUUGACUGGUGAUGAGGAGGCCAUAAAGGCAUACCUGCAGGAUGAAGAUCCUCUCCCACUGGAGAUACUGGAAAUGGUUUUAUUACAGUGGUGGAACCAGGAGCCCUACAAAUCCACAGGGUUUAUUCUGGAGGGAUUUCCCCAAAACCAAGAGGAGGUGUCCUUCAUGGUGGAGCAUCACUUGUUUCCAGAUGUAGUGGCAAUGAUGUCGGUCGAGGUUUCUGACGUGGUGCGGCGUCUCCUGCCUUCGCGGCUCACACGUUGGAGAGAGAGACAAGACCGCAGGCAAGAACAGUUGCGUCUGGUCAUUAAUCUGAAGAGGGAACUCAGGGAGCGGGCCAUCACACAGAGAAGAGCUGAGCUUAUGGCUGAAUGUGCACCUAAAAAACCCAGCCCACCCACUCUGAGGCCCCUCAAAGAACAGGAGGUGCAAGAAGAAUCAGAGGCGAUGGACGAAGAGCAGCAGGAAUUGGAGGAGAUGGAGGCCAUGCUGCUGGAGGAGUUUCCUGCUGUGGAGGAAGAGGAGGCAGAAGAUGAAGAAACAGAAGCUGGUGCAGAAGAGAAGCUGGAAAUGGAGAUCAGUCAGAGGUUUGAGAAGGAUGACAACAACCUCACCAGUAUGAUGGACUUACUAACAGACAACCAAAUCCCCCGUCUGGUUAUAAGCGCAGGCCGCCCGCCUCGGAUUGUGAGGUACCAGCUCCUACAGGGAAUCAAACCUCUGAUGGUUAACAGAGAGUCACUGUUUCAAAUGUGCCAGCCAAUCAGCUACAGUCUCGCCAGAAGACUCCUGUACAGAUCCUUGAAAUAUCCCAGUGCCUUCGGGUGCUGGGAUCCUGUUAAGUAUGCAGAAGGAGAUUUGAUCCAGCCUCUGCAGGGCCCUUUCAACGCCACCUUCCCUGUCAUCCUACACCAAUUCAUCUACUUUUUUGCAUCCAAGGAGACACGUAACACCUUUAUCCUCAACCCAAUCAAAUAUCUUCGUCAACCACAUCCCAUCCCUUCCUUUCCCAUCAAACUGGCUAUCAUUGGCCCACCCAAAGCAGGCAAAACCACAGUGGCCCGGGUGUUUGCACAUGAAUAUGGUCUCGCUCGUCUCUCAAUUGGGGAUGCAAUACGUAUGGUGCUCAACAACCAGGCCAAAACUGAGUUGGCUAAUCAAGUGCAAAAGCAUCUGAACCAGGGCUUGACUGUACCUGAUAAACUGGCCAUCCAGUGCCUGGAAGUGGCAGUAAUGAGCCUGGUCUGCAGCACACGUGGGUUUGUGUUGGAUGGCUUCCCUGUGACCAAGCAUCAGGCUGAAUUGCUGGAAUCCUGCAGCAUUAUUCCUAUGCUAGUGAUUGAACUGCAACUGGACACGGCAGAAGUGCUGCGGAGAGGCCUGAGGGACAGAGAAAAAAACAACAACAGGCCUUACCCAAUGCAUGACAGCCCCCAGGUCCUAAACAUUCGCAACUCUUGCUUCAGGCGGGAAGUUGAAGCUCUCAGGCUACACUUUCAUCAACAGUAUCACAACUGGACUCCCGUCGAUGCUCACAAGAGCAAGUGGUGGGUGUGGGAGCGAGUUUUAGAUGAGGUUCGCAUUAGCUUGAGACACAUUUAUGAUUACCUGGAAAAGAUUCACAAAGGCCAGGCAGCCUGUAUAGACAGACUGUGCAUUACUACACGAGAGCUGCAGUCCCGGCUAGGGGAGUUUGGGCAGUACUGUCCAGUUAGCUUAGCUCUUCAUCGCCAUCUGGUGGACUGUUCACAUAAUACCUCACUGGAAUUGGCUGCAGAGUUCAGGGGCCACUUCUACAAAAUGACCAGCAGGGAAUUUCUAGAGAGAUUUCUAGAGUCCCCAGAACAGUUUGUGGCUCCAGGUUGCCCCUACCCAUUACCUCCUCCUCCACUCCUGCCUCAUAAGCUCAGUGCAGGCCAGGUGAAGAGUAGGUUCCCUCAACAGGUGGAGAUGAAGGGUUUCUGCCCUGUCACUUAUCUGGAUGGUCAACAGAGGUAUGAGGCCUUGGUGCGUGGAAACACGGAGUAUGCUGUUGAGUACCAAAAUAAGAUCUAUAUCUUUGAGAAUGAAAAGAAACGAGAAAUUUUUCUCCAGUCACCUGAGACUUACUGGGACCAGAAACUUCCACAUAAACUACCUCCGUUGGAAGAUCCGGUCUCACUGACCUCUUUACCGAUCCUGGGCUAUUUGGAACAAAGUGUGGCAGUACCCAUAAUCAAAGCCAUGACUGCUGUUGGUCAACUCAAGCCAAAGUUGCCCUUUCUCAGUGUGAAGAAAUCUGCUAUAUUGUACCUGGCCUUUCAUCUGAAAGCAUUCAACAGCAGGAACCCAGACUAUAUUCGUCAGAAGUACAAAAAGAAACUUCAAAAGUUUGAGGAAAGCUGUGAGCUCAUCUCAUACCUGAGUACCACCAUGAAGACAUACAGAUCCCCUCACAACCUGCCCCCUGAUUUUGCACACAAGCUGGACAGGUUUCUGGCCAUGGAGAAGUCCACCAAAACAGCCUUGGGUCUGAUACAGCUUGGGGGAAGUUAGAACAUAACUUCAAAUAAUAAAAACCUUGAGUCAGACUCGGCACAUCACGAUAUUUGACAGUAUUGGUUGAUGUUACAUUAGUAAAAUUCAUAGAUAUACAUUUUGAAAGGACUUUGUUAACGUGUUCUUUACAAUGGACAAUUAAAGAUAUGAAUGA